GAAUUUGACGAAUGUAAAGACUACGAACAACUCGACGACAGUCAGCGUGCUGCAGGUGUGCACAGAGGAAAUACUCUGAAAUGUGACCAGAAAGACCUGACCACCCCUAACUGGUACAGGUUUAUUGGAAACGCUGGUAUUCAGAUGCCAACCUCCUGUGUUCCAGUACAUUACUGUGGAGCACAUGCACCUGGAUGGUUAAGCACUCCGCAUCCAACAAAUGUCGGACAGAUUGUUAAUGGCACAGUGUGCUUUAACUGGGGUGAUAAGUGUUGUAACUGGCAUGCAAACAUCCAGAUAAAGAGAUGUAAUGGAUUUUACGUUUACAAACUGGUUAAAACACCUGUAUGCUGGUUACGGUACUGUGGAAAUGCAGGAUUCGGUGAGUGAAGGGGUCGAACCAUUAAUUCAGUUGUAAAAUAUCUCUACGUAUUAAGAACGAAGAUAACUAAGGGUGGAUUUCCACUAUCGCGUAAUUUUCACAUGAGUACGCACUUUUUUAGGCGCUUAAAUAAAAUUGAGGCGAUGUAUGACUGGGCCGCGCGUAAACUUAAAAGUUGAGCGAGGUUCAACUUUUACGUUUAAGCGUGACCUUCCUACAUUGCCUCUAUUUUAUUUACGCGUAUAAAAUCUACGUGUAUGUGUACGCACAUAAAACUUAAGUGACAGUGGAAAUCCGCCUUAAAGUGUAAGCAUGUAUGUCAUUGGGAAAUUGUAGAUUUAACAAAUAUAAUUAAUUAACUAACUUAUUUAUUCAUUUUACAUCUCCCAAAAACUCCUCAGACCCAUGUGAAGCAAGCAAGCCUUGUCAAAACGGCGCAACAUGUGUUAAUAACAACAAUGAUUACAUCUGUAACUGCAAGCCGGGUUACCAAGGGAGGAACUGCGAACAAGGUAAGUAACCAACAUUGUUUUUUUCCAUUUAUGAAAGUAGAACAAAAAAUUUAUAUUGUGCCGUUUAAAGUAAUAUUUAGGAGGCUUGUUUUUAGAAAAGUCGUACAGAGAAAACUAUUUCUAGGAAUCUGUUUUUAACGAGCGUAAUUUGUUUUUUGGAAAUUUUGCCUGAUGAAGAAAAAUAAGAAUAUUUAACAAUUAUUCCUCGAGCCCGAAUGGGCUCUGAGUCAAUAGCCCAUGACGGACGAAGGCCGAAUGGGGCAAUUGACUCAGAGGCUAUAAGGGCAAGAGGAAUAAUUGUUUUAGUAACAUCCAACUAGAUGGUAAAAAAUAUCGAGAAUAAAAAAGUUUUAGCUACUUAAAGCUGGACUUUAAUCCUUUUUUGCCGCCGAAAAGCCGGCGCUUUUCGCUACUAGUGGGCUAUAACAUAUAGCCUAGUAGUAGCUCAACCAAUCAGAACGCAGCAUUGAUAAUAGACCACUAGUUAGAUUUUACUAAACGUUGAUAACACUGCUUUACUUGCAGACGUCGAUGAGUGUACCUCUACACCUUGUCGCAAUGGAGGAACAUGUGAAAACCUUCCAGGAAGCUACAAGUGUGAAUGCAAGCCUGGAUUCUUGGGCAAUGACUGUGAAAUCGGUACAUAUUUUGCAUUCUUAAUGAAUUUUGAUUUGUUACGUUACAUCAAGUUCUAUCUGUGAUUGUUUUUAUCCGAAAAAACGUUGAUUACGUAGGAUGGUUCAUUGCUUCAUCCUAAAAAGGCCAAAGAAAAAAAAUACUUAUGAAGCCAGUGUACAGCUACAGUUGACUCUCCGGAUAACUCGAACCCGCCACUAACCGGCGAAGUAGUUUUCGUUUCCUCUCAGAUCAUUUCUAUAUAAUUUUACCCUCGAUAACUCGAACUGUGUUUUGAGCCUUUACAAAGACGAGAAAAAAAAAACAGUGUGGUGGUGUCCGAAACAUUGAAUUUUUAUUUAAUUACUUGCCAUUGACGUGUUGUAGGCAUAUAGUUUACCAGUCAGGGGCAUCCAAUGUCAAUUUUCGGAAAAUAUCUGUUCGAAAGACGAUUUGAGAUCUAGAAAUUUUCGGAACAUUUGUUGUACAAUUUCUUGCUUGCCUUCCUCUCCUAAGAUUUUCGAACAACUAAAAAUGGUAUAAUUGCCCAUUUUUAACGAAUUUUACCCUAAAAAGCUCACCUAGAAUUUUCGGGAGCCUUUUUGCGGCUGAAAUUUUCGAAAAGGUAAUUUUUGUUCCCUAUAAUUUUCUGAUCACUAGACUUUCAGGUAGGAAAUUCGAAGAGAUGAACAAUUUUUAGGGGAUAAAAAUAUGGCUAUAUUUACCGUUUAAAUACUAAAAUACGUUUAACAAUGCUAUUUUUAAGUGGUUUUGAACUAUAUUCUCGUUGGGUGCCCCUAACUAGUGGAGGCUGAAGAUGUUGUUUGUCACUAAUCUAACGUGAAACAGCUUUACCAGUCUCAAAACAGUAAAACGCAUACUCUUAAUAUUAGGCUACGUGUUGUUACGUUUCUUUCUGCUUGAUAAUCUAGAAGUAUCUUUUAAUUUUAGCUUGACACUUUUACAAUUGAAUGUGAUUAAAAUGUUCACUGUGCUGUAAAAACUGUUCCUUUCCUUACUCCCGGGGCUAUUUUCUUCGAGCUCCCGAUAACUCGAACUGUUUUCGAUUUCCCUUGGAGGUUCGAGUUAUCGGGAGUCGACUGUAUUGAAAAUAUAUAAAAAGCAUGCAUUACGUCAAACUUAGCAAAAAAAUUUCAGUUUUCAUAUCUUUACUUUAGAAUUUGACGAAUGUAAAGACUACGAACAACUCGACGACAGUCAGCGUGCUGCAGGUGUGCACAGAGGAAAUACUCUGAAAUGUGACCAGAAAGACCUGACCACCCCCGAGUGGUACAGGUUUAUUGGAAACGCUGGUUUUCAGAUGCCAACCUCCUGUGUUCCAGUACAUUACUGUGGAGCACAUGCACCUGGAUGGUUAAGCACUCCUCAUCCAACAAUGGUUGGACAGAUCGUUAAUGGCACAGUGUGCUUUAACUGGGGUGAUAAGUGUUGUAGCUGGAAUGCAAACAUCCAGAUAAAGAGAUGUAAUGGAUUUUACGUUUACAAACUGGUUAAAACACCUGUAUGCUGGUUACGGUACUGUGGAAAUGCAGGAUUCGGUGAGUAAAGGGGUCAAAUCCAUUAAUUUUUUGUAAAAUAUCUCCAAGUAAAGAACCAAGAUAACUAAAAUAACCAAAAUCGAUCGUUGAACUUUGUAAGCGACAGAAUAAAGCUUGUUUACAGGAUUAACAAUAUUUGUCUUCCCUUUGAAGCUUCUAAAACAACAAUUUAUAGGCCGCAAACUUCCCAAUUAAAGUCCAUAUCUAAAUUUAAUUUGGAAGAACUUUGAAAACUAUAUAAUCUUUUAUACUCUACUUUGAGGCAGGUGAAACAGAACUCAUAAAUCAUGAAAUACGUGCGUUGUAGUACCGUUCUCGAUAGCCAAAUUAGGUCAAAUGUCUUGAAGCAGCACCCACACUAAAAUAUGGAUCCAUCAACAGCUACGUCACUUUACUCAGCGUUUGAACCAUGAAGAUAUAUAAAUGUUAUGCUUUUAAACACCUUUAGUCGUAAUAAAAGACAUAAAAAUUGUGAAUUAUAGCGGUCUCUAAGUGCCCUUGUUUGACCUUAAGUAAUGCCAUUAACGAUUAGAUGCCAAAAUCUUAUUGGUUCUUAUGCAUCAACUCAUAGUACCUUGAACGUUAUUGGCCCCUGUAACAAACAUCCGAACAUACAAAGCCACAAAGCCACAAAGAUACAUACGCUCAAACCACGGACAUAAGAGCUAUUUUUUCAAAAUAGCUCAAAAGGGGACUCUAUAACAUCCCAAGAGGGAAGAUCGCCAAAGUUUACGAGGGAAAAAAUGUGAUGUCCGUCCUUCUCUCUUGACGGGACCGUACCCAAUUUUAUGUCGUGUAAACGGACUUUAAGCUUUACGUCAUUACUCGGGAUUAGUUUUAAAUUUGUUUUCUCCAUUAAUCCCUACCAUAAUGGCCCAAGUUUACACUCAAAGAGCGUCUUUUUUCAAAUGCUUCUGGCCUACGGGAACUCUAAUGAGCUUUAUUUAACUCUACAGUUCCUGACAAAAAUAAUUUCCAGUUCAACUAUCCCAACAAAGUCAUCGACGACUACGUCAGGCUCGAUGUGUCGUCUUCGGCUUCAGAUGUCACUGCUUUUACUGUCUGUAUGUGGAUAAAAGUUGGCGAUCAGUCGGAUGACGGGACUUUGUUUAGUUACGCCACCGAAGAUCAAGACAAUGAACUCCUAAUAACCGACUACUCAAGAUUCAAGAUUUUGAUUGGUGGCAGAAAAGUGUAGGUUUCAGGGAAUCAUUAGCAUGAGGUCUAGAAAGAGAGCCCUGUGCUCGCAUUCCCGCUCGUUAUUCACGAGAGUCCCGCAUUCCCACUUCUUUUUCACGAGUGUCCCGCAUUCCCCACUCCUAGUUCACGAGAGUCCCGCAUUCCCACUCCUUUUUCACGAGAGUCCCGCAUUCCCACUCCUUUUUCACGAGUGUCCCGCCUUCCCCACUCCUUUUUCACGAGCGUCCCACCUUUCCACUCCUUUUUCACGAGAGUCCCGCAUUCCCGACUUCUCUCAUCGCUACAAUCCCGAAUAUCAUUUUCUUUCCGCCCGAUUCAGCAUCUGUGCCCAAAUUUUGGCGAAUCCCGCUUCCGGGUAGCAAUCAAAUCCCGUAUCCUGUUGACGUUUUCUGAAUCCUGCACUGUAUUUUGGUCCUGUUCGUGGGCAACAUAACAAACUCGCUUCCAGAGGCUGCAAUCUGUUUUGUCAGCGCGAAGGCUCUGGUGACGAGAUUGGAAACACAAAAGUAAACGAGUGUAAUAGUCAUGCGCAGAAGAGGGGCGGCGACAGUGAAAAAGUCAUUGACGUUCUGCUGUUAUCAAAAAUAUUCCAAAAUCCUUGCUUUGCCAAAUGCAUCACUCAGAUUACGUCAAAUUUUCUUGGAUUUGAAUGCGAGGGUUAACUGUUUUAAAUAAAUAUUAUGAUGUUGAACACAGAGUUAAGGAAACAAUAACUUUAGAAGUUUGAGAGAAAAAUCAGUUGAAACUUUAAAGACCUAAUUAAUUAUUUAGCUAGUCCAGUUUUUUCGUAGAAUGAUAGGUGUUUCUGUAUAACCAUUUUCUUUUACUAAAUAUCUAGGAGAAGUUGGCGAGAAAAGGGAAAACCGCGCCCGUAGCUUUACGCACUACGCAGACUCCAGUGGGUUUUUCAUUCAGCCGAAAAAAACGGACUAUUAAAACUCUUGAAAAUAUUCUUCACAGGACACUAGAUGGGGUAACUGCCAAUGAUGACGAAUGGCACCACAUUUGUACAACCUGGGAGAAUGGCGAGGGUUCGUGGCACUUUUACAUUGAUGCUGAACUGAAGGGAAGUGGAAGCGAUUUCCAAACGGGUCAUGUGAUCAGCAGUGGUGGGAUUGUCAUCCUCGGCCAAGAUCAAGACAAAUACGGAGGUGGAUUCGACCGUGACCAGAGUUUUAACGGCAAAAUGUUUGGCGUGAACAUGUGGGAUUAUGAAAUGUUGGGGGACGAAAUUGCGCAGUUGUCUUCAAGUUGCUUUGGUCCAGACGGCAAUUAUCUAAAAUGGAGCGAUUUCAAGGGCGGUGAAGAAGGGGAUGUGGAAAUUGAAGCACCGACAACAUGUCUUCCCUUGCAAUAAGCAUCCACUGAUGAAUCAGCUACUUAAAUUUAGGCUAUAAGAGGACUAGAGUAAUUGUAGAUUGCUAUCGGAGGUGUAUUAAAAGUAAUGCAAGUAUAUAUGUCCUUUAAGUGGUUCAAUUUGUUUUAAAAUGCAUUAAAAACUGAUCUUUUCUCUUUUUAACUCCUUAAUCCUUCAGGAAAAUCGACAUCAAACCUCGUCCAAACGCUUUUCAAGUUUGUAUACAAUCUCGUAUCCAGCGACUCUGGGUACGAGAUGGCAUGUGGCCUGCUUUCGAAAGACAGUCUAUUUAGGUCCAAAUGUAGUAACAAAAUUUGCGAGUGAAUAUUUACAUCAGAAAACGCAAACGAUUUCAAAAUAAUUUCAAUACAGAAAUCUGGCUUGAACAGAAUAUGCGGAAUGGAAAGGCAACUUAGAAGCCUCGCACACAAUCUCUACCACAAACUGUUUUGUUACCCUUAAAGCUUGGGAACAAAAUUGGCCACGUCCGCGACAAAAUCGACAGUUGCGCAUGUGCUUAUGUUACAUUCAACAUGCCACAUGAAUACCACUAUUUUCCGUUUUGGUGAUCUAAGCUGUAUCCGAUAUUAAAAUCAAUGCAAAUCCAGUGCGAUCGAAUAGCAGGCCUCCAUAAACUCACCUCGGGUCACUUUCACUAAUUAAAUCAAAGAAUGUUGCCUUUUUCCUCACCAUCACAUGCCAAGAUAUUCAUUAAAAGACCCAGCAACUUUCAUGGAAAAAUCGCGCAAAAUUUAGGGCAACCAAGGUGCUAAAGCUGACCCUUUUUUUUAAGGAUAAACAAGCUUUGGAGAAUACAUUGACAAAUGAACUGCACAUGAAACGAUUGAAAACCAUAACAAUAACUUUAAUUAUCAUGAAAUUUCUUUCCACGAAAAACGUUAUCAACAUUUUCCGCGUGACGAGAGAGUUAAAAAAAGGUCAAAAUACCGGCUCCCAUUAUCAUCCCUACCUGUCAUGGCAGGUUCGAUAACAUUCGUUGAGAAUUUUUUUUCUUUCCAUGAUCACUGCAAAGAAUGUAAUCUUUGUCUUUAUGAAAAGUUCAUCAUCAUUUGUAAAAAAGAGCUUUGUAGCCUAAACAGGCGAAACAAACUAGCGAGUUCAUGCUCCCACAGAAACAGAUAUGUACUUCAGAACUCUAGAGUAACGUAACUAAGACACAAUCCAUCUGUUACCUUGAUACUAUCUCUUAACGCAUCACUAUAUUUACUGCCAGCUUUUAAUUUUAACGGUCAAUCGUUGAAGUUGCCUGAUGAGUGUGGUCCUACAAUUUCGGACCAUACGAAACAGCACUGUCGCAAUAAACGAUCAAUGAUUACUUUUGAAGCCUGAACUCCUGUGAUUAUUAAUAGUCAAUGCUCUUCAAUUGAAUGAAUUGAGCGCUCUACGAAAUACGUUCUACCAAGAAUACAAGUAUUGUUGUAGCUCCGUACGUUAGUGUUAUUUACCGUAAACCUCUAAUAAGCGCCCCCCCUCCCCCCCCCUUUUCAGAGGAUAGAGCUUUAAGAGACAUGAGGCUCUCAAUGGGGUUAAUAACCGUCAGCCGUCAAAUGGUCUAACAUUUAACCGUGAACCGUCAAAAAAGGUAAUUUCUUUACCGUCAAGCGUCAAAAACGGAGAUUAAUAUUAACCGACAAAAAGUUUCCAGGUACCGUAAAAUUCCGAAAGUAAGCCCCUCCACGUAUAAGCCCCUCCAAAUAUAAGUCCCCCAAUCCGGUAACGCAAAAACCCUCCGUUAAAUCGCCCCUCCAAAUAUAAGUUCCCCCCCCCCCACCCCGGGGCUUGUAUUUGGAAAAUUGCCCUCAAAUGCAAAGUAAAACAAAGCAAAAACGGUAAAUUUACUUCCAACUAUACGGC